CGGACCAAUGGCACUCUCCUCUGUGUGAGUCUGUUAGGGAAGGAGUGCAUGUCUGCAUGACUCUAUUGGAAGCAUUCUUUUAGAACUUACACCACUCUUUCUGAGUGCUGGGUAAGGCUCUCUGUGAGAGAGGAGAGAGAGACCCUUUGGUGUUGUGAUUUGACUAAACAAUUUGCCCGACUGGGUACCUCCUCCCAACGGACUCCUGGGACAGCAGAGAUUAACCCCAGACUCUGAACAUCUGAGGGAUCUGUACAUUUGAGGCAGCAGCCCCUGUAGAGACAACCAGCCUGAAAUUUCAUCUCUGAUUCUCCCCCUCCUGCAGAGAGAGAAGACUCGUCUGAAGGACAAACGUGCCUGAAAGUGUCCACUAUGAGGAAGGUGACAGCAUCGGCACUCCACCUGAUCGUCACAUUUACAGCUUUGCUGUAUUUCUGCACUGAAGUCUGCUGCCUGGAGAUCAAACCUGUUGACAAAGAGUUUGUCCUGGCUCAAGGCUCCUCUCUGAUCCUUAAAUGCUCCGGCUCUGUGGGUGUGACGUGGGACUUUAAGAGGAACGACGUGCCUUACUUUCAAGUGGAGCAAACCCAAAAUGAUCCACAAAUCUACCACAUUGAUGAUGAUGGCACUUCUAGUGUUCUGAGCUUGUGGAACGUAAGCUGGAAGCACAGUGGUGUUUAUCAGUGUGUUGAUCGUCUCAUUGGGGACACCAAGGAGGUGGCAGUGUUUGUCCCAGAUCCUGAAGUGUGGUUCAUUGAGAGCUCCCAUGGCAUGGUGACAAAGACCAGUGAAGAAAGCACCAUCCCCUGCGUGGUCACCAACCCAAACAUUUCUGUUACCCUGCAUGAGAAGGAUACUGACAUGCCCAUCAAAGGGUUGUAUAUUCCCAGUGAAGGGUACAAAGGACCAGUGGAGGACAGGACAUACUUUUGUCGGGGAGAGCUGAACGGAGAGGUGAAAGACUCUCAGGCUUUCUACGUUUUCAGCAUUGUUGUCCCAGAAGCUAUCGACGCCUACGUCAACGCUUCAAAGACAGUCCUGAAGCAGGGUGAGCCGCUGACUGUAAACUGCACGGUGCACGGAGUGAUGCUGGUCUUUUUUUCUUGGGAUAUUCCCAACAGAGAGCUUAAUAAAGUUGAGCCUCUGAGAAACGUCCUGUCUGCCAUGAGCAUGCGCUCCUGCUUGAUCUUUCCUAGUGCCACGGUGGCCCACAGUGGAAGCUAUGUCUGCCAUGUCCAUGAGGGUGUCCAAGACCAGAACGCCUCUGCCAGCGUCAGCAUCACUGUGCUCGAACAAGGUUUUGUGCAAGUGAAGCCAGCUCAGCCGCAAAACAUUUCAGCCAGGCUACAAGAGAAUGUCGAGUUGCGAGUGGAGAUUGAGGCCUACCCUCCCCCCCAGGUUCGCUGGACCAAAGAUGGCACCACCAUAAACGGGGAUAAAACCAUCACCUUCAGACAAGAGCAUGAAAUUAGGUAUGUCACCAUUUUGACGUUGGUGAGGGUGAGGAUAGAGCAGAAGGGUCUCUAUGCUGCUCUUGUUACCAACGGUGACGACUCAAAGCAAGUGUUCUUUGACCUGGAAGUCCAAGUUCCCUCCCAGAUUAAAGACCUGACUGACUACCAUCUGCCAAAUGCAGUCAAUAAAUUUGAAGCCUAA